GCUGCUCGUCCCGUCGCCUUCCCCAGCCCUGGCUGUGCAGCCAUGGGGAGCCUGGCCCUUGUCCUUCUCCUGGCCCUGGCCCCUGCGGCCGCGCACCGAAAGCUGCUCGUGUUCCUCCUCGACGGCUUCCGCUUCGACUACCUCGAUGACAAGGAGCUCGAGUCCCUGCCGGGCUUCAGGGACAUCGUCAGCAUGGGGGUGAAGGUGGAUUACAUGACCCCCGACUUCCCCAGCCUUUCCUACCCCAACUACUACACGCUGAUGACAGGUCGCCACUGUGAGGUCCAUCAGAUGAUUGGAAAUUACAUGUGGGACCCAACUACAAAUCUAUCUUUUGAUAUUGGUGUGAAUAAAGACAGCCUGUUGCCUCUCUGGUGGAACGGAUCAGAGCCCUUGUGGGUCACCAUGAUGAAAGAAAAGAAGAAUGUCUCUAUGUAUUACUGGCCAGGCUGUGAGGUUGAAAUCCUUGGCGUGAGGCCAAGCUACUGCCGCGAGUACUUCAGCGUCCCGACAGACAAGAACUUUGCGGAGGCCAUCAGCGACGCGCUCGAGUCCCUGCGCAACGGCAGCGCGGAGAUGGCAGCCGUCUACUACGAGCGCAUCGAUGUGGAAGGGCACCACUACGGCCCCGCGUCCCCGCAGCGCAGGAGCGCCCUGAGGGAGGUGGACAAAGCCUUGAGCACCAUGAUCCAGCAAAUCAAGAGCAAGGGCCUUAAGGAUGAGGUCAAUGUCGUCCUCUUCUCUGACCACGGGAUGACUGACAUCUCUUGGGCCAACAAAGUAAUCGAGCUGAAGAACUACAUUAACAUGAGCGACACCAUACAGAUGAAGGACCGAGGUCCUGUCGUGAGCCUGUGGCCAGUGCCAGAGAAGCAUGCGGAAAUAUAUGAAAAAUUGAAAGCUGUGGAACAUAUGCAUGUUUAUAACAUCCAGGAUAUUCCAGACAGGUUUUUCUACAAAAAAGGGAAAUUCGUGUCUCCUCUCACUCUUGUGGCUGAUGAAGGAUGGUUCAUAGCAGAGAGCAGGGAGAAGCUGCCCUUCUGGGAGAACGGCACCGGGCGCCGGGACGCCUGGCAGAACGGCUGGCACGGCUACGACAACGAGCUCAUGGACAUGCGCGGCUUCUUCCUCGCCUACGGGCCAGAUUUCAGGUCCAACUUCCGCGCGCCGCCCAUCAGGUCCGUGGACGUGUACAACGUGCUGUGCCACGUGGCGGGCGUGAGGCCGCUGCCCAACAACGGCUCGUGGUCGCGCGUGGAGUGCCUGCUGCGGGCCGCGGCGCCCGCGCCGCCGCGCGCGCCCUGGCCCCGCUGCGCGCUYGCCCUGCUCCUGCUCGCCCUCCUCGCCUAGCAGCGCGGGACAAUGCGGGUCAGUGUCACCAGCAACUCGAGCCCUCCCCGCUCCCCACCCACCUCUUUCUUUUUGUUUGAGUCUUCUCUGAAUAAUAGCUGCAUUAAUAGGGUGCGGCGCGCCACGGGUGAAGCGAGCACCGCUCUUCUGCCCGGCUCCUGUGGGAGCAGUGGCAGAGCCAGCAGGGGUAGGAGAGCACUGGGAGCAUCCUGCUUUUCCCAGCCUUCGUUUUCCCAAAGCGAGCCCCRGUUGGCAGACCGGACCCUGCACAGCAACAGGACCUUGGGUUUUUGCCUCCCACUGCACAGGAGAGAGCAGGCAGCUGUGGGAAUAGAAGGGAAAGGAAAUGGUCCCUGGACACACUGAAUUAGGAGGAGGUUCUGUUAGGAAGCCUGGUUUUUCACCGCCUUCUUGCUUUCCUGGGGGAAACUGUAUGGUCUGCUCCGGUUGCUGUUCCGCUCCCAGUUGCUCUUCAAGAUUUCCAACCCCUACCGCUUUUCCAGGGGCUCCAGAUGUCCGUGUCUGAGCCGCUCAAGCCAUGCAGCAAGCAGCACGGUCCCCUGUGCUGAGCUUCAGUGUUGUGUUUGCGAUGGGGACAGAGGUCUGUGCAGACAGGUCACCCCCAGCUAAGCCUAGCUAAAUCUGACCCCCACGAGCCCAAACAAAGUGGUCACGGUCAAGCUAAACGGCAGGUGGAGACCGAGCUGUGUGUGGAGGCAGUGAGCCUAAGUCACAGGGGUGAAGUCAACCUACCCACAUCACCAAGACACACCAGUAAACCUGAAACCCCUCCGCAAAACCUGUGACAUCCCUCCACACAACGAUSCUCACGAGGGAAUUGGGGGACCUUUCCUCAUUGUCUAGUUUCCACCAUGAAACACACACAUCCAGCACAGAAUCCUAAAGGUCURAUCCCGCAAAGUGUCCUUUCCCUCUCUGGAGACUGUGGCAUCCGGCAGUGCCUUCCAGUUUUAUCCCAUAGAUCUCUGUGCCUCCAGCUCUCUGUGCCAGCUGCCUUUGGGAGGACCUGGGUCCCUCCCCAUGCAAAAUAAACCUCAGAGUUACCAGUCACAGGGCUCCAAAGCCAAGCACCAGCACCGAUCCAGUACAGUGAGUUUAAGGGUGAAUGAUUACACCUUGAAAAAGAAAAACAAAAACAAAUUAAACUUGACAAAAGACUUCUGUAAGGGCUGCAAAGAUUUAUGUAAUGUGUUUUUAAAGCUCAAGUGAACCAUCAAAUCAAUUGGAAAAAAAAGAGGAAGAAAAUCAGUCUUUGUUAUUAGACUGUUGAGUAUAAAAGGCAAUUUAGUGCUUUCUAAGCAUUUGCAGUAGCUGUAAAACAAGCACCUAUUGUUCAAAGUUCCCUGUCACUCUCUAAUGGACCAGGCUCAAUGAAUUCACUGGAGCGCAUUUUUAAAGUGAGAAAAUUAUCAGUGUAAAAGAUAACCAAAUGACUAAAUUGCAAAGUUUCGUUCAAAAAGCAACAGGAUACACACUGUGCAUGCUAAUCCCUCCGCAGCCUGCAGGUUUAACCAUCACAGUAAAGAAGAAUCCAAUAUCCUCUUACUGAGGAAAAACACCCUGAAAGUCUGAGGGUCUGUUCUGCUCCUCACUAGCACCAGCAGAAACCAGAAAUAACAAGCAGGCCUGCUGAGAUGAUCCAGGUAUGGGCCACGGCACAUGAAAUCAGUGUUGAUCCCUGGCUCUGCGAGUGUUUCUGUAUAAUUUUUAUAAAAGCAGCCAUACGUGGUGUCCKUUGCAGAGCACAUUGUAUAGUUGCGUUAGGAUUUGCUGGACCUACAUGCAACUAGGGUGUGUUAUGGGGACACACCUCAAAAUACACCUGGUCUGUGCAAUGGGAAUUUGACUGCGGAUCCACAUGGAGCUCCUUUGCGCCAGGAGAGCGGCGGCUGGGCGCGUUGCAGACACGCAUCUUCCUGCCUCUGUAUUUUUUACCUCUAAAUCAGUUCACGUUCUUAUUCAAAAAUCAGUGUCUUGAUGCUAGUGUGCUUUUCUGAGUCCUAUGCAAGCGAGGUGGGUGCRUUUAAAAAGCUGGUUCUGAAUGAUGCUUUUGUACAACGCUUGCUUGUGAAUGAGUGAAUAAGAAUGCUCGUAGAAAAAAAAAUGCAUCUUUCUGUAAAUACUGUAAGAUUUUGGGGGAAAAAAAAACCCAAAAACUGUAACACCGUGCCUUUCUUGAUUGAUUUGUGAAUCAAAGUGUGAUAAACAGUGUUUGAAGCUUGUGCUGAUUAGCCCUCAGCGAGAUGGAUGAUAACAUUGUUUAGAAAUGGACAAGUUGUCAGCAUGUAAACAAGGAACAYUGACUCUACCACAGGAGGUACGAUAGCUUGCGUAUGAGAGCAUUUUGCAUGGAACUUUUUCUAUAUUUCACCUUUUGAACGGGUGUAAUUUUUUGUUGCCAUUUCUUGCUGAACUUGAAGCAAGGUCCCUCGUCCUUGGCCCUGGGCACCAGUCCUUGCUUUUGCUUUUUGCUUCUGUGCUCCCCUCGUGCAGCACCCUGCCCUGGUGGGAUGAGAUGACACCAAAGACGACCCCAACAGCUGAUGCUCCCCAACURGUGACCACCUUCCAAUGACCAGAGYUCAGGCCAAGUUGUCCUCYCGCCUCAAAAUGUGGACGCUUGGACAUCAGGAUCUCCGCAGCUUGGACACCUACAGAUCCUACCACCUGUGGAGCCUCUUCCCAGGAGUUUAUCCGGUCUCCUGUGGACCUGA